AUUAGCAGAUUAGACAUAAACAUUGCAAGAAUAAUUGAUAUUCAAUUAUUCUUUUCUCAAAAAUUACGCGUUUCCGUAUAUCGAGACUUUGUGUGUGUGCUUAUAAUAGUGUAAUCUUUCUGUAAAAAUACGUAUCAACACCAAACCCCACUGACGUCAAUGGAAAGUCGUACCCGUUUUUUUCGCAUGGAGGAUGUUUGCAGCCGCUAAGGCACAAGAUGACCGCAAUUAUAACGCCAAUGUUGAAAGAAGAGCUCGUGCAUCUUUCAACCCUUUGUUACACCUCACGGGGAAGCAAUUUAAAGAUAGAUAUCGCAUUUCCAAGAAAGUCUUCAAGUUUUUGUGUAAAGAGCUAAGGAGUUUGACAAAUCUUAGGUCCUCUCAACGCGUUUCCUUAGAACAUAAAGUGCUCACUGCUCUAUUCUUUUUUGCAACUGGAUCCUACCAAAGGCCAGUUGGGGUCGCAAAGGACACGUCUCAAAAAAUGUGUAGUGUGUACAUAGAAGUUACCCAGGAGCCGAAACACAAAAAUAUAAUAAAUAAAUAUAUUCGGUUCCCUGAUACUCCAGCUGCUAGACAAGCAGUUAGUCAAUGGUAUGUGAUGAUGAAUAUAGAAUUUUAAAUCUAUAUUCUAUAUAUAUAUAAUGAAUCCCAAGCAAAUCAUGAUUCCUUUAUAUGGGAAAGCAGUAAUUUAAACACAUAAGUGCAAUCUUUGCACCAAAAUGGAGAAAUUGUCUGGCUUUUAGGAGAUUCUGGAUAUCCCCAACGCCCAUGGCUUAUGACACCAUUUUUAGACGCUGAGUCCAAUAAUUAUAAUGAAAAACACAUGAGAGCUCGAGUUUUUAUUGAAAACACAUUUUCAAGGCUGAAAAAUCGAUGGCGAUGUCUGCACAAGGAUAGAGUUCUGCACUACAAGCCCGUAAAAUGUGCACACAUUAUUUUAGCAUGCUCUAUGUUACAUAAUAUAAUUAUUAAUUUUGGUGUUGAGGAUAUAGAGGAAAAUAUAGGUCUGCAAUUUGAAAGGAAAAUGGUGGAAUCUGAUCAAAUAAGUUACACAGUAAGAGAAGCUACCUCUGAUUUAAUUAGAGGUAGAAUAAGAGAUCAAUUAGCAAGAAGGUUACUAUAGGGAUUAAAUAAAUAAAUUUGAAUAAGCUU